AUGGAUUAAACUAGAGAGAGUUUAUUAUGUAGAUUCAUAGUAAAUUUGGAUUAAGAGGAAAAGAAACCUGACAGAUUAUUUUUUCAUUUACAAAAUGCUUAUUGGUAUUAUUUAGAUUUCUUGAAUCCAGAAGAUAAAAUGUCAUAAACAGAAUUUUAUUCUUGGCUUUUAAAUCCAUUAUCUGAAUAUAAUGAAAUCAGAGGAAAUCUUAAACAGUAAAUUAUCUAAAUAUUAAAAAGCUAUCUUAAAUAAUUUAAACAAUAUCAAAAACAUAUUCCUUUAUAUGGUGCAAUAUUGUUAAAUGAAACUUUGGAUUGUGUAUUACUUGUUAUGAAUUACAAUUAAACAGUAUACAGUUUUCCAAAAGGGAAGGUUAAUAAGAAUGAGUCUGGUGUUGAAUGUGCAAUAAGAGAAGUGUGGGAAGAGGUUGGUUAUGAUAUUUCUAAGAAGAUUAGUGAUAAAGUAUUUAAGUGAAUUUAAUUAUAUAGGAUUAUUUGGAAUUUGUUUGUGAAGAUACUGGAUAACCUUAAAGAAUGUAUAUAAUUUGUGGAGUGAGUGAGGAUCAUAAGUUCACAACAAGUACUCGUUAUGAAAUUGGAUCCAUCUAGUAAAUUAUACUCUAAAUAUAAAAGAUGGGUUUAGAUCAAAGAUAUUUAGAGAGGGGAUUCUGCUUAUGUAUAUUUGAAUCCUUUUAUCUAAGGAUUGUAAAAAUAUAUUUAGCAUAAAAAACAAUUAGAAAAAAGCAAAAUAAAAAAUACUAAUCAAACAAAUGAAUCAGAUUUAAUAAGUGUAAUGAUUGAAAAGACAUAAGAAAUAUUAAAGUCAUUUAAGACUUAAUUAAAAUAAGAACAACCAAGAUAGUUGUAAUAACCAUAAUUUUAGUAAUUCAAAUUAAUUAUUGCUUGA